CGGAGCCAGGCGGGGAGAGCUUGUUCGCGAUUGCUCGUUCGUGUGUUGCACAGUUCUGUAAUUUAAUUAUUAUGUAGAUUAUCAAACCUUACCCCAUUGUUCUCGGUUCACAUAAAAUGUAAAAAGCAACCGCGUAUUCUCACGGAACGAAGAAAGUUGAGCGAGAAAAGUAUCAUACAGUGUUGUGGAUUUACAGUGAUUGGAAAUUUGGAAUUGUUUGUUCGUGCCAUGGCAAGUGCUAAUCAAUACACAUAACUUGGAAAUAGUGAAAUCUAGUUUUGAAUACUAAAGUUUGGUGGAGAUAUACUCGAUGGCGGGUUUUCAAGCGAGCGACACGAUGCCGAAACUCGGUCAUGUGGGUGACCUGCGCGAGCAAUGGCUGGUGCGCGCGGACGGUGCGCUGGCGCACCGCCUGCAGGACCGCGAGAUCUCCUCGCACCUCUGCGAGAACAGGUUCCGCAACCAGCAGAUCCGCGAAGACUUUCCUGUGGCGCUGAGCGAGCAGCAGGGUAUCGAGCACGAAGCGCGGCUGCGCGAGCUCGCGCGCCGCCGCCAGGCCGACGUCGACGCCGAGAUCGCGCGCGAGAUGGCCGAGAUCAACCUCCGCCGGCAGCGCCGCCAGGUCACCGACCUCAUCCAGCCCGGCUCCUCGCGCACUCCUCCUGAACCAGCUCGGGCGGCCCCGGUCAAGUCCCCGCCUAAGCUCUUAGACAUAGCACCGGAGGAGCUAGGACUAUCACCAGCAGAACUAGAAGAGCUCAGAUUGAGGUUGGAGCAGGAAGAACGAGAUGCUCGGCUCGCGAGACAGCUGAGCAGCGAGGUGCAGGAACAGGAUGUGCUGCUUGCAGACAUGCGUUGCGCCGUGGAAGCGCAGGACGGUGAGCUGGCACGCCUCCUGCAGGAGCGUGAGUACAAAAAACUCCAACGAGCCAAAGAAAAGGCUCGCCAGAAAGCCCUUCUCAAAAAACAGCAACGCUUAGCGGCCCAGCAAAUAGACACACCUGACACCAGCCAGGCCACUCUCUGCGACGCCUACAGCAACCCGAGGGAUAUGAUACGCGACAAUAGAUUGAGGCUUUGUAAAUCUGUGGACUCAGAUUUGAACUAUGUAGAGCCUUUUGAAAAGGAGCAUAUUCAAUCAAAAGCCAGUGCUUUGCAGUCUAAGGAGAUGUCUAAACAGUACUACAAUGACCAACCUGGUACCUCCACUGUCAAUAUAAACAAUGUUACGCAUGUGCAUACAAGGUCUUUUGAGUCUGAUCGCACAGCAUCCAACUCCGGGGCAUCAUCACUUCAGCACAGGCAGCCCCCUCCUCCGCCUACAUCGGGCAAGAAGCCACGCUUUCCAGACCCAGUGAGUAUCCGACCAGCUUCUCACUACACUGCAGAGACUGGUGACAGUCCUCCAGCGAUCCCGCACAGUUACAGUGAGAACAACAACCUGUACAGCUCAACGUUCCCUCCAGACUUGCCGAGCCCGCAGCGCUUGGACAGGCAUCAGGACAACUCCAAGAGGCUGUCUGUGAUAUCGGACAUCACUGCCGAAGGCCUGGCUAAGAAGAAAAGUAAGCAAGCUGAGAUGCAUAAGAAGAGAAAGGGAUGCAAGAUACAAUAGAACUAUUUAUAUUCUUGCUUUGUUGUUUUAGAACGAUAGUGACUUUAGUGAGCCAGUGAGCUUGACAAUUAUUCCAAUAAUGAAUCUCGAACAUAGGCUCAAAAAUAUUCAUGGCUAUUUAUAUGUUUGUCCACACAGAAUUAAUACAGGCUGCCAGGCAUUAAGCCUUUCUACUUGGGUAUCUCCAGAGAGAGAGGUACAGUCAAUUUAACAAAAAUCAACCAAUAGGUGUGAUUCUAAUUAAACUGAGAAAUAAUACUAAUUAUCACUUUCAAGUGCGGUAUGUCAAUUAAACACACUCACAUGUGGCUUGUAUUUAUAACUCACAGUUUAGGGGAUCCCAUGGGGGCUUAUAUUUGUAGACAUUGCUGCCUGAAAAUGAUAUUAUUUCAUAUUUAAUUGCCAUUCUUGUCCUCUCCAUAUCUUUCUCAGUGGAAAGGCAGCCUGAUGUU